ACUGUGGUGCUACUGCUGGAGGUGUACUGUAAUAUCAUUCUCGAAUGGUCGAUGUAUACAAUUCUUUUGCUCUGUGCAUUAUAAUCGCCAGUGGAGCGUGCAUUUUUCAACGUGACAUUCAAACUUUCGUGACAACCAACUCGAGACAGGCAGCAGCAGCAUCAACUUUCGUGCUCAUUCGUGCGUUCGUGUGCGUGUCUGUUUGCCUUUUCUGUGUGUGCAAACUUUCGUGUAUAAGGUGCAUCAAUCGCGCUGCCUCUGACCACUAUGACAACAGUGAAGUUUUUUUCUCUUGAGCCCGAGCCCGACGAGAAGCACACUGCUGCGGUGAAUAUGUCAACCCAUUCAAACUCCAAGGAAUCAGCUAAUCUCGGAUCUCAAAUCUUUGAUUUUUAUUCAAAACAACCUGCACACUACUUUUGUUAGCCGCAGUUGCCUUUGAUGACUUUGAGUAUCAUUACAGCCAAGCAUUUCAUGAAAGUAAAAUGUCCCAGCUGAAUAUAAGUACUGGCAAACGAGGUCGUAAUAUGGUAAAUUCUUCGGCUUCAUCUGUAGCAUCCUUGUCAAAUACUGCAGACCUUGCCAGUCUGUUCGAAUGUCCAGUGUGCUUCGAUUAUGUUCUACCACCAAUUCUACAAUGCCCAAGCGGUCACUUAACUUGUAGUAACUGUCGACCCAAACUCUCUUGCUGCCCGACCUGCAGAGGGCCUCUCGGAAACAUUCGAAAUCUGGCUAUGGAGAAAGUAGCAAGCAACGUUAUGUUUCCCUGCAAGUAUUCAACGAGUGGCUGUAUGAUAACUCUAGUACAUACAGAAAAACCUGACCACGAGGAUACAUGUGAAUUCCGUCCAUACAGCUGUCCCUGCCCUGGUGCCUCUUGCAAAUGGCAAGGAUCAUUGGAGUUAGUCAUGAAUCAUUUAGUCAUGAGCCACAAAAGCAUUACAACCCUACAAGGCGAAGACAUAGUCUUUUUAGCCACCGAUAUAAACUUGCCUGGAGCAGUCGACUGGGUCAUGAUGCAAUCUUGUUUUGGACAUCAUUUUAUGCUUGUUCUUGAAAAACAAGAAAAGUAUGAUGGACAUCAACAAUUUUUUGCAAUUGUUCAGCUCAUUGGAUCUCGUAAACAAGCGGAGAGUUUUGCCUAUAGGUUAGAGUUAAACGGCCAUCGUCGACGACUUACGUGGGAGGCGAUGCCACGAUCAAUUCACGAAGGUGUAUCGUCUGCGAUUCAAAACUCCGAUUGUCUCGUUUUUGACACAUCGAUCGCGCAAUUAUUCGCUGACAACGGCAAUCUCGGCAUCAACGUGACAAUUUCGAUGGCAUGAGGUAAAGCUGCUUCGUCUGCUGGCUUGUGAAACGACAUCGCCGACAAUGCCAAUAAACGACACUCGCUGUAAAUAUUAUUUAUAUGUAUAUAAAUAUACAUAAUUGCUAGCGUACGUUAGUAAGAAACAUCCAUGAAAUACACUGUGCGUGUAUACAAAACAAAGUAUACACAUACAUACAUCAAUAAGUCUGUACAUAGUUAUAUAUAUAACUGUUUUAAUUAACGAGAAUAGUGCAAAUGUAAUGCAAUGAGACCAGUUCUAUGAUAAAUUGAUAAGGUGUUAAAUGUAAAGUAUGACAAAUGUCUUUACUCGUUUGGUUAUAGUGUGGUAAAGUGGCACGUAAGAGAAUGAAACUGUAAAUUAGCCAAAGCUUUCUAUUAAUGAGUUUUAGUCACGAAAUUAUUAUUAAUCUUUAAGAGUACUAUCAAAUAAAUGCGGUUAGGUCGUAGAAAAAACGAUUUCAUUGUUCGGUCACUUUGCCGUAGAACAAAAGCGUAAAGAUCUUGCUAGGGUCUUUGAAACAUUAAAAUAACGAUAAGAAAUAGAUUUACAUUUUUGUAUGAUGCAUAUAUAUUACUAAAAGUUGUUCUUUACAAUUAAGUUACAAUUCAAAUCUUUUUAAAUAUAUCUGGAACGAAACAACGAAUAUCAAGUAAUUUUCUCUAUUUCUUAUCGGCGAGAGUUUACUCGACAAAAAUGUAAGCAGUCAUAAAAGAGAUAUUGUAAAACGAAUGCAUGGUUGAAACUAAAUUGAUUUUGAAAGAUCGUGAAACUUAUUUUUGAGUGAAUGUGCACGGACGUAUGAAAAGGAGUGUGAUUGUGAUACUAAAAUUCUAAAAAAAAUUAUCUCUUUAUCAUUUUAUCUAAAGCUCCUUUGCUUACUUAAUCUUAAAUAUUUUGUAAAAUCAGAUAAACUGCCCAUGAAAAAGACAUUUUUCAUUAAAACUGUCAAGUACCAAUAAUUAACUUGUCUACAAUGUUUUUAUGUUGUGCUACGUUGCUUGUUUUAUAUUUUGUUUAUUAAAUUCUAACAUGGAAAAAACAUCACAGCCAAGACUGAUUAUAAGUACUUGAUGUAUUCUCAUGUGAAAUUUUGAAUUGUAAACGGCUAAUAAUAUAGACUUUUGCAAUUUGCUAUUAAUGUCUGGUAUUUUGAUAUGAGUUAAAUUAAAGCAAUAGCAAAUAUCAAUCAACUUGCUUAUAAUUAUCUCAAAAUUUUUCUUGUUUGAAUUAUUUAAAUUCGUGCGGAUUAAAAAAAUUUGUAAAUUGUAUCUAUAUAUUGCGUAAGUUGUGUAAAUUCUUAAAAAUCAUAAUGAUAUUACUAAAAUAGUUAUAGAUCUAAAAUUUCAAACUACUAUAAGAAUAAUGCCGGUUAGGUGCUAUCGCACCUACUGAUUUUAGUACGAACGAUCCGACUUUUUAUAUCGAGUUUCGAAAAAUUAUGCGAAUGUUCGUUAAUACAUUUCAUAUGUGACAAUAUUUUGGGACGUCCCCCAAAGUCACGACUCACAAAUUUUUGUCAGUAUAUAACCCAUUCACGAUUAAAUAGACUUGAAUCAAUCAAUUGACUGACUUAUAAUCAAUUUAUCGCUAUAAAUCAUGUGAAAGAAAACACAUUGCACUGAUCCUAUUAUUGGCUGCGAAACACCAACUAUAUGAAUUAUCGAAAAUGCUUUUGCGAUUGUUACUGUUUAAGAAUUCGAAACAAUAUGACUUUUUGUUGACAAAACAACGAUCGAUCGUGUACAGAGUAAAACAAAAACUGCAAACUCGAAGUGAUUAUUUCCUAUCUUGUAAAAUACUAUUUCGACGAAAAAAAA